AUGUUAAGACAAUGUUGUACACGAAUUAGGGUACCUUCUGUCAAUCAUAAUAGUCUACUUUCAUCAUCCACUCAAACUUAUUUACAACAACAACGAUCAAAUAAGAACUAUAGUGAUGGAGGAAUUAGAUCGAUGAUAUCAUCAACCAACCCAACAAGAUAUGUAAAUUAUACAAAGAUGACUGUAUUUGAUACACAGUUAAAGAAUCAACACAAGAGUAAUAUCACUAGAAUACAAGACCCACAAUCAUACGAUUAUCUUUUCAAUGAAGUUGGUUACCGAUUGGCUGAUCGUAUUCUUGAUAUCAAAGACGUUAAAUUAAACAAGGUAUUAGACUUUGGAUCUAGAAAUGGUUCAUUAUUACCUCAUUUAAAUACUAUUAAACAACAAAUAGAUCAACAUAAUCAAUUUAAAAGACAACAACAACAGAAUAACAACAAUCAAGUUGAUAAUAAUAAUAAUAAUGAAGAUGAUUCAAUGGAAAUAACAAUGGUUGAUUCAAGUAGAGAUAUGUUGUAUAGAGACGAACAAUUGGAUUCAAAUUAUAGUUUAUUGGUUAAUAGUAUGGAAGAUCCAUUACCUCUGGAAAAGGGAUCAUACGAUUUGGUUAUUAGUAAUCUUUCACUUCACUGGAUAAAUGAUUUACCAGGUGUAUUUAGUCAUCUUCAUCAAUUGUUAAAACCAAAUGGUAUUAUAUUGGCUUCCAUGUUGGGCGAGGAAACAUUAACUGAAUUAAAGGACGCAUUAUAUUUGGCAGAGAUUGAAAGAGAGGGAGGAUUUAGUGCACAUGUUAGUCCAUUUGCAAAGUUGAGUGAUGCUGGUAAUUUAUUGUCACGUGCAAAGUUUAAUCUACCAACUAUCGAUACUGAAGUGUUAAAGAUAAAGUAUAGCAAUAUGUUUACACUCAUGAAAGAUCUACAAAACAUGGGAGAGAACAAUGCAGUUCUCAAGCGAAGAUUGUGGACUAGUAAAGACACCUUUUUGGCAGCCAGCUCAAUCUACAGUGCCUUGCACGGAAACAAAGAGGAUGGCACUGUCAACGCCACCUUUCAAGUAAUCUAUCUCAUCGGAUGGUCACCACAUCAAUCUCAACCAAAACCAUUGCCAAGAGGAAGUGCCAAAAAACAUCUUAGUGAAAUUGGUACAGGAAUUAAAUUAGAUGAUCAUGUAAGCAAGUCAUCAUCACCCUUUACAAGUGGUGAUAAUAAUAAUAGUAAUAAUAAUGCAGGUAGUUGUAGAAAACAAGAGUCUACUGCUGGACAAGAAGAAGAGAAAGAAACCAAAAAACCUCAAUUGGAAUUUGAUCCAACUUUAAAUGAACCAGUUCCAGUGACUGAAGAUUUUGUCAUUAAAAGAUUGGACAAACAUGGUAACCUACACGACACAUCAGCGAAAAAAGAAGAUGAUAAAUAA